CCACUUGAUACCGAACCAAUUACUCAUGUCAUGACCUGACGCCAUGACGUGGAUCCAGUGGUGCCUACUGGUGCCAUGGAUGCCAUGGAGCUGUGCUCUGGAGCUGCGCAGCAACGUCACCCAGCCGCAGGCGCAGGUCACGCAGCCGGAGCCGCUGGAUCUGGCGCCGCAGACGGCCAUGAAGUUGCUAGUGCCCAGACACUUCACGCAUAUGUCACCGCAUGAGGUGGGCCGCAUGAAGAAUGUGAAGGAUGAAAUGCACGGAUUUUUUCGAUCGGCAAAAGUUGCUUCUUUCGUUUCCUUCCUGAUGUUCUUUACUUUCCUGAUGGCUGCAAGCAUUCUGCUCCACUACCGCGAGUCCAGAUAUUGGUGGCAACACAUUUUCUCUCUGUGCUUUUGGAUCCUGAUGACCCUGGUCUACACUGGAGUGAUGGGAGCGGAGGAGGGUUCUGAGUCCAUGACGCAAUUUGCACGAGGAUACUUCAUCGAGUUGAUCCUCUCCAUGGAAAACGUUUUCGUCUAUGAGAUGAUUUUGGUGUCCUUCAGGGUGCCCCACCGAAUUGCCAAGGACAUGUUAUACAUCGUCAGUUUCUUCCAGAUGUUCUUCCAGCUCUGGCUGUUCAUGUUUGUGGCCAAAGCGUUUCAGAGUAUCCAGAGCUUGCCAUACCUCAUGGGGGCUUGGCUGAUGUAUUUGGGCAUAGACACCCUGAGGGAAACCCACGAUGAGGAGACCAGUUUCGACCCAGAGACCUCUUCCAUCUACCGCCUGAUGACCACGGCGCUGGGGGAGCGUUUGGUACCGCACUACGCUGACGGGUCGCUUGUCAUCACGGAUCGAAAAGAUGGCAAAAUCCGACUGACCAUGAUGGCACCUGUGACCUUCGUCCUAAUCCUGGUGAUGUUCUGGCUGGAACUGGAUGUGACGCUAGCCAAGAUCGAGGAUCUGCAGUCGCACUUUAUCGGCUGGACCUCUUCGGUCUUCGUGGCCUUGGCGUUGCCAGACCUGUACUUCAUUGUCAGUGAGAUGUUCAAGCAUUUCAGCCUACUUCGCAGCGGAAUCAGCAUCCUUCUGAUCUUCUUCGGCGGCGUGCUGUUGCUUCGCAACGAGGUCAUGAUCUCUGACAACGUGGAGAUCAUUUGCAUGUUGAGCAUUGUGGUAGUGUCGAUGUUCCUCUCCCGCUUCAUGGGGCUUCCACCUAAGCGGGGGCAACCCUAUGAUACCACGGACAAGGAGUCUGAAGGAACCCCUUCAUCAAUCGCCAACUCAUCAGCCGCCCGGGCGCUGAUGUUCCCAGAAGUGGCGCAGGUAAGGCACUGAUACCAUGGCAGCAGCUGCCGUUGACCAUGCUGAAAACAGUGGGUAGGUAAUGGUAAUGGCAAUGGAAAUGGCUUGGCAGUAAACUAUCAUCUAUUUUGUUGUAUUUGUUUUGGACAAGCUGACAAGUGUGCGAAAUAUUGAAUUUCGGAACAUUGAAUCUCUGUCCAGAAAGAUGUCAAAAUACCUUCACAAAUGGAGGAGGCUUCAAGCAUAAUUACUCCACUUGGCGAAGCCAAGAACAUCGGUGCAACGAUGGACCAUGCAGACUGAGGCAAGUAGUCCCUAACUUAUUCUUACAGUGAUUCAAACGGAACAUGCAGAAGAAAAAGUCAU